AUGGGCUAUUCGAAAAGUCAUCUCCCUGAAGAAGUAGUUCUCAUUAUAUUCAACUAUAUUCCGAAUUGGAACGAUCGUCUUCAAUAUGCUACAAUCUGCAAGCACUAUUGGCAUUGCAUCAACAAAAAUGGUUCAGUAAGACAGGUGGAUCUCUUCGCAGAGAAAAACCUUCUCAAGUUCAAGUUGGCACGAUCAGUACUCUUGAAAAGAAAUGUAGCAGUUCCAGAUUUCGGCUCUCGAGCAGUAAGAUCACUAAGCAUUUGCCGAAAUUUGCAAACCUUUGUUGUGCGCGACAAAUUGAUGUCAGGUUUCAUCAUUGGUAACCUGCUCAAAGCUGCCGCCAACUCACACAAUAGCAUUGGUUUUAUUGUACCUGCAAGCGCCUCAGAUAUUUGGAAAAGCAUCCUGGACAAGCAGAAGUUUAGAGCCGGAGCCAUCUCAGUUCGAUGUGAAUUCGACGACGAAGCCAAUGAAUUCAAUACAGCAAGCUCAAUCUCUGACAAUACAAUCGACGAUCUGAUCGCAUCAGAGGGUUAUCAAUCUUGCAGCAUUGAACCUCUCCCUGAAUCUUUCAUUGUCAAGAAUCUUGGAAACACCGUUGCCAGCAUAGGACAUUCAUUUGCCGGAUGUAUCAUUUGCUUUGAGGAAGUAAAAUUCCUCAUUACUAGCUUUGAUGCAUUCGUGCAUAUCCAGAAUGCCGAUGAUUGCUCCUUUGAUAACAAGUGGAUCAACAAAAAAACAUUCGCCAAGCUGCAUCACAAAUUUGAGAAGGGAAAAAACUUCUUCGAAGUUUCUGUAAUCCUACACGGAUGCGUUGAGCUGCUUGCUGUUGGUGGCCUUGUUGCUUUGAAAGGAAAGCCUGUUGAUGCCUUUUUGGGCUCAUCAGUAAAGCCGCUUAAGAACAGUUCAGUAGUUGACGGAGACCGUUUAAGCAGCAAGAUCUUUAUCAACAAGCACGGCCAGCAAGUCAUUCGAUCAGAACGUCUCCUGCGUCAGUAUUACAAGGAAGAUUGCUGUAACUUAUGGUCCUUCCAUUUACAGGCAACCCACGAUAUGGGAUUUUGA